AUGUCUUUCAAUGAUUUGGAAAGAGGUGAUGAUAGAAGCGCUUAUGGUUCCCGUAGCGGGCGUCUUUAUGGAACUCCGGGGUCUGCCUCAGGUGUAUCCCUCCAACCAUUAGACGACGACAGACAAUAUAAAACGUUAAAGAAAAAUCUGUCUCAACAAAUUUUUGUGAUCACCAGUAAUGUGGCUUCGAUACAGAAACUAGUGGGGCUUUUGGGAACAGCAAAGGAUACGCAAGAGUUAAGGCUUAGACUACAUAAAUUAACCGACGAUACGCGCGAUCUGGUCAAAGACACAAGUAACGAUAUUAAAAAACUAUCUCAUCUUGAAGGAAGUAGUGGGCAAACCGAAAUCAAGCGGGCACAACAAAAACGUGAACAGCAAAAACUUUCACAAGAUUUUCAAAAGACACUUCAAGAAUUUCAAAAAGUGCAAAGACUUUCUGCUGAGAAACAGCGAGAAUAUGUCGAUAAAGUGAAAGCUCAUAAUGUUCGAAAUGAUGUUUAUGAUGAAGAAGCGGGUAUUUCUGAAGAACAACCUCUUAUUGAUGAUUCGCAACGUCGUCUUCAGGUUCAAGUUCUCGAUAAUGAAAUAGAGUAUAAUGACUCAUUGAUAGCAGAACGUGAGGAAGAAAUUAGAGAAAUAGAACAAGGAAUCAACGAACUUAAUGAGAUCUUUAGAGAUCUGGGUACUUUGGUAACGGAACAGCAGUCAAUUAAUGUCGACAAUAUUUCAUCCAAUAUGCGAAAUGCGGCCGAAGAGUUAUCUGUUGCUGAUCGAUAUCAAAAGAAUGCUCGAAAUCGGAUGUGCUGUCUUUUACUAAUUUUCGCGAUUGUUGGUGCAAUAGUGGUUUUAGCGGCCUUGGCUUAG